AUGGCUCAAGAUGUUGCAUGCAUUUUUUCUGGAGAAGAAAGCAUAAGGAAUCAAAAACUAAUUUAUCCUGCUGCAUCUAGAAACCAAGACCCAAUCCUACAGGUCUUGAAAAGAUUUAUAAUAAGUGAUACUGAAGAUGAAGAGAGUCCAUUAUUCUUGGAGAUAGCAUCAGGCUCUGGGCAACAUGUAGCUUAUUUCGCACCACAUUUCCCAGGUGUGAGGUUUCAGCCAACUGAAGUGGAUGACAAUUUGUUAGGAAGCAUAACAUACUAUGCAAAGAACUGCACAACAAAAAAUAUUCUUCUACCAAAACUGGUAGAUAUUUGUACAAAAUUAUCAUCAUACGGUUUUCAGGAAAACAGUGUUGAUUACAUGUAUUGUGCAAAUAUGAUUCACAUUAGCCCUUAUGAAUGUACAAUAGGAUUAUUCCAGAAUGCAGGCAAUUAUUUGAAGCCUGAUGCACUGAUGAUCACUUAUGGACCAUAUAGUAAGGAUGGUGUUAUUACACCUGAUAGUAAUGUGCAGUUUGAUGCAUCCCUGAAAGCAAGAAAUGCAUCAUGGGGCCUCCGUGAUAUUGUUGAUUUAGUUAAAUUAGCAGAACAAAAUAAUUUAACUCUCAUAGACACUGUAGAAAUGCCUGCUAAUAAUAAAACACUGAUAUGGAAAAAGAAUUAA